UCGGCCCGUGGUUCCGCCCCUGCGCUCGCCCGCCUCCUUUUUAGGCGCCUCCCGCCCAGCCCCAGCUCCGGCUCGCUGCGCCGCGCGCCCUCCGUCCCUCCUUCCAUAGCUCCCCGGCUCCGCUCCGCGUUCGUGGCCACCCCGCAGCCCCCACCCAGGUGCCAUGGCCGCUGUGUACCGCCCCGGCCUGCGGCUUAGCCAGCAUGGACUGAGUCCCUGGGGCCGGUCACCACGGCGCAGCAUCCAGACCCUGCGAGUACUCAAUGGAGAUCUAGACCAGCUACCUGCUGGGGUCCGAGACUUUGUGGAGCGUGGUGCCCGCCUGUGCCAGCCAGAGAGCAUCCACAUCUGUGAUGGGACGGAAGCUGAGAAUACCGCCACACUGGCCCUCCUGGAGCAGCAGGGACUCCUCCGAAAACUCCCCAAGUACAACAACUGCUGGCUAGCCCGCACAGAUCCCAAGGAUGUGGCCCGAGUUGAGAGCAAGACAGUGAUUGUAACUCCUUCUCAACGGGACACAGCGCCCCUCCCGGCCGGUGAUGUCCGGGGGCAACUGGGCAACUGGAUGUCUCCAGCCGAGUUCCAGCAGGCUGUGGAUGAGAGGUUUCCGGGCUGCAUGCAGGGCCGAACCAUGUAUGUGCUUCCAUUCAGCAUGGGCCCGGUGGGCUCCCCACUGUCUCGCAUCGGAGUGCAGCUCACGGACUCAGCCUACGUGGUGGCCAGCAUGCGUAUCAUGACCCGGCUGGGGACGCCUGUGCUUCGGGCCUUGGGAGAUGGAGAGUUUGUUAAGUGCCUGCAUUCUGUAGGCCAACCUCUGACAGGGCAAGGGGAACCAGGGAGCCAGUGGCCAUGCAACCCAGAGAAAACCCUGAUUGGCCAUGUGCCUGACCAGAGGGAAAUCGUCUCCUUCGGCAGCGGCUAUGGUGGUAACUCCCUGCUGGGCAAGAAGUGCUUUGCCCUUCGAAUCGCCUCUCGGCUGGCCCGGGAUGAGGGCUGGCUGGCAGAGCACAUGCUGAUCCUGGGCAUCACCAACCCUGCAGGGAAGAAGCGUUAUGUGGCAGCCGCCUUCCCCAGUGCUUGUGGCAAGACAAACCUGGCCAUGAUGCAGCCAGCCCUGCCAGGCUGGAAGGUGGAGUGCGUGGGGGAUGACAUCGCCUGGAUGAGGUUUGACAGUGAUGGUCGACUCCGAGCCAUCAACCCUGAGAAUGGCUUCUUUGGGGUGGCCCCCGGCACCUCUGCCACCACCAAUCCCAAUGCCAUGGCCACAAUCCGGAGUAACACCCUUUUCACCAAUGUGGCUGAGACCAGUGAUGGUGGUGUCUACUGGGAGGGCAUUGACCAGCCUCUUCCACCUGGUGUCACUGUGACCUCCUGGCUGGGCAAACCAUGGCAACCUGGUGACAAGGAGCCCUGUGCACAUCCCAACUCUCGAUUUUGUGCCCCGGCUCGCCAGUGCCCCAUCAUGGACCCAGCCUGGGAGGCCCCGGAGGGUGUCCCCAUUGAGGCCAUCAUCUUUGGAGGACGCAGACCCAAAGGAGUCCCCCUGGUAUAUGAAGCCUUCAAUUGGCGCCAUGGGGUGUUUGUGGGCAGUGCCAUGCGCUCCGAGUCCACUGCUGCGGCUGAACACAAAGGGAAGAUCAUCAUGCAUGACCCAUUUGCCAUGCGGCCCUUUUUCGGCUACAAUUUUGGGCGCUACCUAGAACACUGGCUGAGCAUGGAGGGACGCAGAGGGGUGCAGCUGCCUCGCAUCUUCCAUGUCAACUGGUUCCGGCGCGAUGAGGCAGGCCGCUUCCUAUGGCCAGGCUUUGGAGAGAAUGCUAGGGUGCUGGACUGGAUCUGCCGGCGACUGGAGGGGGAGGACAGUGCCCAAGAGACACCCAUCGGGCUGGUGCCAAAGGAGGGCGCCUUGGAUCUCACUGGUCUGGGAGCCAUAGAUACCACCCAGCUGUUCUCGCUCCCCAAGGACUUCUGGGAACAGGAGGUCCGUGACAUCCGGAGCUACCUGACUGAGCAAGUGAACCAGGAUCUGCCCAAGGAGGUGCUGGCUGAGCUGGAGGCCCUGGCAGGACGCGUGCGCAGAAUGUGACCUGGGGCUCCAAGCUAGUGAGUGAGCACAGCAGCCCAACCAGGAGCAGGAGAGCCAGCACACCUGCAGAAAAUAUGAGCAACUUGAUGUACCUAACAUCUGGGUGCCACAGGCCACACUACCCACACUGUCUAAUAAGAGAUGCUCAUUUAUUUUACAUAA